AUGGCGGAUAUUCGACUUGCCAGUGCCUGUGUACGAACUGCGGAUGUAAACCCAAAUCGUCAGGAGCUCGAUAAUCUGGUCACACCUGGUGAUAUAAUCACAUCGGACACUGGUUUUAUGCGUGGUCAUGGCACUUACAUGGAGGAUGAUCGUCUACAUGCAUCAGUGGCAGGUGUUGUUGACAGAGUCAAUAAAUUAAUUUGUGUACGACCUUUGAAAACAAGGUAUCAUGGAGAAGUUGGAGAUGUUGUUGUUGGCCGAAUUAUUGAAGUUGGUCAGCGUAGGUGGAAAGUUGACACACAUUCCAAAUUGGAUUCAAUUCUCAUGCUAUCCUCUGUGAAUUUACCUGGUGGAGAACUUAGGCGGAGGUCAGAAGAAGAUGAAAAGAUGAUGCGGCAUUAUUUAAAAGAGGGAGAUCUGAUUAGUGCAGAAGUCCAGUCUCUCUUUAUGGAUGGUUCCCUUUCCCUUCACACCCGCAGUCUCAAAUAUGGAAAGCUUGGUCAGGGGACAUUAGUGACAGUAUCACCUUCUUUAGUGAAACGCCGCAAGACGCACUUUCAUAAUUUACCCUGUGGAGCAACUAUCAUUUUGGGAAAUAAUGGUUACAUCUGGAUUGCCCCUAUUUCGGGAGAAGAAAAUGAAGAUUCAGCUGGAGGAGGAUAUGAACAGAAUCUGGAGCCUGUAUCCCGCAUUGACCGUGAAGUGAUUUGCCGAAUGAGAAAUUGUGUGCUGGCCCUCAGCCAGAACAAAAUGAUGCUUUUUGACACCAGUAUUCUCUACACUUACGAGAAUUCUCUGAAAUUUUCAGUAAGUUUUUCUUUUUUUUAA